AUGUCAAUGAAUAAUUCUCCAAAUGUAUUCUUGGAACCAAGUCCAAACAGGUUUCAAGUUAACGUAAUUAAUGAAAGCCAUGACAAUAAUGCAACACCCCAAGAGGAUGCCGAUCCUCCACAUUAUGAAGAAACAUCAUUUACUGAAGAAGCACAUGGCAGACACAGGAUCAGUCACAGGCCUGGAAAUAGAGCAUUAUAUGAAAAUUUUCUUCAAAAUGGGGAUACUGUUAAAUCAGAUGGAAAUUUACAUCUCUAUGAUACUCAUAGUAACACAUACUACCUAAAAACCUUUGGCCAUAACACAGUGGAUGCAGUUCCUAACAUUGAUUAUUAUCGAAACACUGGCAGCAUCAGUGGAGUCAAAAUGAACAGACCAAGCUUGUUAGAAAUUCAUGAACAACUGGCAAAGAACAUAGCAGUGAACCCCGGUUCAAUCGAGAGAGUUACUAAUGGAGAGGGCUCUCCAGGAGAGGAAACAACAGCCAACAAGGAAGAAGAAAGCAAAGGGGGAUUUGUGAAGUUUGGAUGGGUGAAAGGUGUGCUGGUGAGAUGCAUGUUGAAUAUCUGGGGUGUGAUGCUUUUCAUUCGACUGUCCUGGAUUGUAGGUCAAGCUGGAAUUGGUCUUGGAAUCGUGGUUAUUAUGCUGAGUGUGGUAGUAACAACAUUAACAGGUAUCUCAAUGUCUGCCAUUUGCACUAAUGGAGUAGUAAGAGGAGGUGGUGCUUACUAUCUUAUCUCAAGAAGUUUAGGACCUGAAUUUGGAGGAUCAAUUGGACUUAUCUUUGCCUUUGCCAAUGCUGUAGCAGUAGCCAUGUAUGUAGUUGGAUUUGCUGAAACUGUUGUAGAGCUUCUAAAGAGCAGUGGUGCAUUGAUGGUGGAUGAAUCCAAUGACAUCAGAAUAAUAGGCUCCAUUACUGUAGUUGUUCUUUUAGGCAUUUCUGUGGCUGGUAUGGAAUGGGAAGCAAAGGCUCAAGUAAUUCUUCUAGUCAUUCUUCUUAUUGCCAUUGCAAAUUUCUUCAUUGGGACAGUCAUUCCGACCAGCAAUGAAAAGAAGGCCAGAGGCUUUUUUAAUUACCAAGCGUCAAUAUUUGCAGAAAAUUUUGGACCAGAUUUCAGAGGUGAAGGAUUUUUCUCGGUCUUUGCCAUUUUUUUCCCAGCAGCUACUGGCAUUCUCGCAGGGGCCAAUAUCUCAGGAGAUCUAGAGGACCCACAAGCUGCUAUACCCAAAGGAACAAUGUUGGCCAUUCUGAUUACAACUGUUGCCUACAUAGGAGUUGCAAUAUGUGUAGCUGCGUGUGUUGUACGUGAUGCUACUGGGAACACCAAUGACACAGUUGUAUCUGGAAUGAACUGUAAUGGAUCCUCUGCCUGUACCCUUGGCUAUGACUUUUCCAGCUGUAAAGCCCAAGAAUGUCGUUAUGGGCUGAUGAACAAUUUCCAGGUUAUGAGCAUGGUUUCCGGCUUUGGUCCUCUAAUCAUUGCAGGAAUCUUUUCUGCGACCCUCUCGUCAGCUCUAGCCUCACUUGUCAGUGCACCCAAGGUUUUCCAGGCUCUUUGCAAGGAUAACAUCUACAAAGCACUCCACUUCUUUGCUAAAGGACAUGGGAAGAACAACGAACCUCUCAGAGGCUAUGUUCUGACUUUCGUUAUUGCUAUGGCAUUCAUUCUGAUUGCUGAACUGAACACCAUUGCUCCCAUCAUCUCCAACUUCUUCCUGGCUUCAUAUGCGCUUAUUAACUUCUCCUGCUUUCAUGCAUCAUAUGCAAAAUCUCCAGGCUGGAGACCCGCAUUCAAGUAUUACAACAUGUGGGUGUCACUUUUUGGAGCCAUGCUGUGCUGUGGUGUCAUGUUUGUCAUCAACUGGUGGGCAGCUCUCAUCACUUAUGCCAUUGAGCUCUUCCUCUAUAUUUAUGUGACAUACAAGAAGCCAGAGGUAAAUUGGGGCUCAUCUGCACAGGCUCUUUACUAUGUUAAUGCAUUGGACAGUGCACUGGAAUUAACUGCUGUAGAAGAUCAUGUGAAAAACUUCAGACCCCAGUGCAUAGUAUUAACAGGAGGACCCAUGACAAGACCUGCUCUGUUAGACAUCACACAUUCGUUCACAAAGAACAAUGGUCUCUGCAUCUGCUGCCAAGUAUAUACGGGACCGCGCAAGCUGUGUGUUAAAGAGAUGAACAGUGGCAUGGCAAAAAAGCAGGCCUGGCUUACAAAGAACAAAAGAAAAGCAUUUUAUGCUGCGGUGGCAGCUGACAGCUUUAGAGAUGGAGUCAAAAGUCUCCUUCAAGCCUCAGGUUUGGGUAGGAUGAGACCAAAUACCUUGGUGCUGGGAUUUAAAACAGACUGGCGGGAUGCGUCUGCUGUGCAAAUUGAAAACUACAUGGGUGUUAUACACGAUGCAUUUGAUUUUGAGCUUGGCGUGGUUAUUGUCAGAAUUAGCCAAGGCUUUGAUAUAUCUCAAGUCCUCCAGGUUCAAGAGGAAUUAGAGAAGUUAGAGCAGGAGAGGAUGGCACUAGAAGCUACCAUUAAAGACAAUAACUUUGAAGAAGAAAGUCAUGGUAUCCGUGGAUUGUUUGGCAAAGCCAGAAAGCUCAAUAUUACCAAGCACGUAACCAAAAAAGACAGCAGCAUUAACACAAUCCAGUCUAUGCAUGUGGGUGAAUUCAAUCAGAGGCUGCUAGAAGCCAGCAAUCAGUUUAAAAAGAAACAAGGGAAAGGAACAAUUGAUGUUUGGUGGCUGUUUGAUGAUGGAGGUUUGACACUCCUAAUUCCCUAUAUUCUGACUAUGAGGAAAAAGUGGAAGGAUUGUAAAUUAAGGAUCUUCACUGGAGGAAAGAUCAACCGGAUCGAAGAUGAGAAACUAGCGAUGACUUCGCUUCUAAGCAAAUUCAGAAUAAAAUAUGCUGAUAUUAAGAUCAUUGGCAACAUCAAUAUGAAACCCAACAAAGAGAGCUGGAAAUUCUUUGAAGAGAUGAUUGAACCAUAUCGCCUCCAUGAAAGCUGCAAAGAUUUAACAACUGCUGAGAAAUUAAAAAGAGAGACUCCAUGGAAAAUUACAGAUGCAGAGCUGGAAGCAUUCAAGGAGAAGAGUUACCGUCAGGUCCGUUUGAAUGAACUCUUACAGGAACACUCUAGGGCUGCUAAUCUCGUUGUCCUGAGCUUGCCAGUGGCAAGAAAAGGAGUAGUGUCUGAUCACCUGUAUAUGGCUUGGUUAGAAAUUCUCUCAAAGAACCUGCCUCCAAUCUUACUGGUCAGGGGCAACCACAAAAAUGUACUAACUUUUUACUCCUAGAAAAAUAUAAAUACCUAGAAUACAGUAUGUUUGAUUUCAACACAGGUACUUUUAAAGACAAAGCCAUACUAAAGAGACACUAUUGAGUAGUUUAGACCCAGAAUAUUACCUACUGAUGGAGAAUGUCCUCCAAAUCACAAAUAUCCUGUUUUUAAAAGAACAACUAUGUGCCACAUAUCUGUCACCAAAAAUUUAAAAAGCUACUAUUUAUAUAGAAUCUAAAAUGCUUUGGGUUUUGUUACUGAAGACCCAAUUAACAGGAGGGGCAGAAAUUAUUUAAACAAACACUACUUUCAGAACUGUGCUGACAUCGCUGCUGAUAGCUAUAUGUGAAGGAGAAUGACAAUAACAUCAACCCAUAUUGACAAUAUCUCUAAAGUUUAAUUGCAUUUGACUAAAAAUGAUAAUUUAAUGUAAUAUAGAUAUAUACCUUAAAAUAGUCUGUUUAAGCUGCGUUUCCCAAUGAUAUCAUUUCUCAAAUUACUGACUAUAUAAAAAUGUACUAUGUAUCUAUCUUAGACACCUACCAAAUAUAUUUGCCAGUUACUCAGAAGACAUUAUUUGCAAACAGUUUCUAACCAACUAGCUGAGAAACAGGCAAGUUAGAUUUAUGGAAAAUUAGUUUCUAAAUUAUAAUCGCUGA